GCCUCCACAGGUUAAAGAGGAACAGGAGGAACUCUGUACCAGUCAGGAGGGAGAGCAGCUUGUAGUGAAGCAGGAGACUGACACCUUUAUGUUGACUCCUACUUAUGAGGAAAGUGACCACAGUGAAGCAGAACUGAAAAGUGACCACCAGCUCUUCUCUCACAACUGUCAUGUAGCUGAGAGCCAAGAUCAGAAAGGAGGCGAGCAUGAAGACUCAGGAUCAACUAGAGACGCAGAGCCCAAACAAAAGAAUCAAGAUCACAACAGCAAAAAGCCCCAGAAACAAUGUACACAAGUCUACCAUGUCAGAGGUUCACCAUGAUCCUCACACAGAGCUCCCACAGCAACAUGUCUGUAUGGAGGAGGAGGUUCUGGCUGACCAGCAGCUCUGGAUUCAGGAGAGGAUCCCCGGUCUGGACCAGGAGGACCCACAGCCUCCACAGGUUAAAGAGGAACAGGAGGAACUCUGUACCAGUCAGGAGGGAGAGCAGCUUGUAGUGAAGCAGGAGACUGACACCUUUAUGUUGACUCCUACUUAUGAGGAAAGUGACCACAGUGAAGCAGAACUGAAAAGUGACCACCAGCUCCUCUCUCACAACUGUCAUGUAGCUGAGAGCCAAGAUCAGAAAGGAGGCGAGCAUGAAGACUCAGGAUCAACUAGAGAUGCAGAGCCCAAACAAAAGAAUCAAGAUCACAACAGCAGAAGCCCCAGAAACAAUGUACACAAGUCUACCAUGUCAGAGGUUCACCAUAAUCCUCACACUGGUAAAAACUCUUUCACAUGUGACACAUGUGGAAAAGAAUUUCGCUACAAGUCAGAUUUUCAGAAACAUAUGAGAAUUCACACUGGUGAGAAGCCGUAUUCUUGUGAAAUAUGUGGGAAAGGCUUCAGAACUAGCAGUCCAUUUAUAUGCCAUACAAGAACCCACACAGGUGAGAAGCCGUAUUCUUGCAAAACAUGUGAGAAAGUUUUCAGAACCAGCAAUCACUUGCAAGUCCAUAUGAGAACCCACACAGGUGAGAAGCCAUACCUUUGCGAGACCUGCGGGAAAGGAUUCUGUGACACUUCAACACUUAAAAGACAUAUAAGAACCCACACAGGUGAGAAGCCGUACCUUUGCAAGACCUGCGGGAAAAGAUUUGCUUACUCUUCAGCAUUGAGAACACAUGCCAAAGUCCACACAGGUGAGAAGUCGUAAUCUUGUGGAAAAUGUAGGAAAGACUUCAGAGUUAGCAGUCAAUUGAAAAUCCACAUAAGAAGAGAACACACAGGUGAGAAGCUGUAGCUUUACACGACGAAAAGAUGUGUUGAUGCGUCUGAUUUAACACGGCACAGAAGACAGCAUACAGACAAGUAAUCUUGUGGGAGACAAUUCUUCUCUAGAGGUUUGUGGUCAAAACACACAAGUGAAGAGCUGCAUAAUUGUAGGGCUGGCCUGAAAGUCAUUUACCAGCGAAUAAUCAAAACUUUGCCGGUGGGGGGCCAGCAAUCACGUUACCCUGAUUGUUUAAACAUCUGUUGAUAAGCAAGCUGUCACUUCAGGAGCUAGAAUUGUGUAUUUCACAGAAAUAACAGAACAGCAGAAGGAUGAAUGGCCAAAAGUUAUAGGACUUGCUCAAACUUAGGUCCGACACUUUCAUGGCUGCACUCCAUUGACAAAUGCAAAAGGAGUCGUUUUCUAGCUUUUUCUUUGCUGUAUUUUUCCAGGAUAUAGUCAAACACUGUUUCUUGGGGCACUUGUAAUAAUUACAGUCGCUACCCAGAGAGGUUGAAAGGAAAAGUACAAUUUAUUCUCUUUCCAAAACCUA